AUGACGAUUGAUGUUACCGGCGAUGUGACGAGCAAACUUUUCCCUUCGAAAUUGAAGAAUUCAACGCUGUACAAAAAUUGUACAAAGGUAGUUGUAGAAAUUAAUCGAGAUCAGAUUUAAAAAAAAAUACACAGGACUAAUUUUCUGAGUUACUUUCAACCGAGUUGUUUCAAACUGUCUGCAAUACAGAAAAAUUAGAUACUAAUCUUUACAGCUAAAUAAGCCACAUUUGCACAUUUAUGCAAUUCGAAGAAACGCGAAACUGCGAGGUUAACUCUCUCUGUGAAUCGACAGUAGAAAGCUCGAUAAACUGUUUGAAACGUGAAAAAGAAAGAAUGAAAGAUUGAACGAGCCUACUUUUGCAGCUACUUCGGCGGCAGUACUAAACAGGCGAAGCUGAUACGUGCACCGUUUCGCAGUUGGAACGCGAGAAGGCGAAAAUCGGCGGAGUUCUGCUGCCGCCGUCUCCCGCGAAGAAGCAUUCGACGCCUGGCGAUUACUAUGGAUGCUUCGAGAAGGUGACACGCUUCAAACCUGCCGCGUCGGAGGGACACAGGAAAGGGAAACGGACGCCUGAACUACCGAACGUGAAGAUCAAGCCGAAUCCUCUCGGCGGUCCAGGAUACGCCGACAUUUGUCUCAGCCGUUUCCCAUCUUAUUCCCACAAUCCUUACGAUCCACCGAAAAAACACGCAGCGCCAGCAGGUCGAUUCCUCAACGCGAGCGCGCCGCUCGAUUAUUUCCCGCCGAAUCCGUACGAGGACAAGGAUCUCGCGCCAACUUACGAACGGCCGAUCGAUCGCGUGCCUAGAAUGAUAGGCCCCGCCGCGUUUUACGUGCCAUUCCCAAAGAAGCCCGGUGGAAAUCACUCGGGAUGCUUCGACAAAUUUCCAUCGUAUGCCGGCGAACCGUACGACGAACAGGCGAGAAGGGAAAUGAAAAAGAAGCCGAUCGGUGUAUUUGUCAGCGGAGGACCACCGCGACGAACCAAGUAUACCAGCAGCGUCAUCGAUCAAGUAACCAAAGUAUCUUGCAACGCGACGAAUUACGUGGAUUACAAGCCGCAAGUUUAUCCUUUAAACGAACAACAGAUGUAAUUUCUUUUUUAUCAAGAAAGUAAUUUCUUUUGUCGUUUCAAUCGACGUUUCUACCUACGAUUUUGUUGGAAGAUAUUUUUCAUAUAAUUUUGAAACAUCGUGUAACGUUUUGCGUAUAAUAUUGUGUAUAUAAUAUUUUGUAUGUAUAUAUAUAUUUUUUUUUAUUUCUUAUAAUUCUGAAAGUCGAAAGUGCCUUUUCGCUUUUUAUUCAUUUCUCACGCAGGAGUUCGAAUGAUCUCUAUAUAGUUCCAAAAUCUAUAUAUAUAGCUUCUGAUAUAAUUUCCAAAGUUUCCUCUCGCAAUAUUUCCAACCAUUAAACCAUCUUACCCGAAUGAUGUAACAUGUAAUCCUAACUUGACAUUUCUAAUCCAAAUUAUCUAUCCAAUUGAGAAAUGUAGUAAAUAAAAAGCAAUGAAUUGAAUUUCGAAAUUGUUUUUCAAACAAAGAGGUAGAACUUGUGGGAAACAAAACCUGACGGAUACUUCAUUCUUUCACAAAUCCAGAAAAACACUCAAAUUUUAGAAAGUUUAUUAAAUAUACAGAUUAACAUCACGCUAG